CGCUUCACUUCCGGACGGCUGCGGGGGAGCGCCGGCGUUGCCAUAGCGACCAUUUUACGUUAACUAGCCAGUCGCUGUCAUCCAGGCGCUGGGGCCGCUGGGGGUGCUGGCCUUCACCCACUCGCCCUCAGCUCCCUGCGGUCGGUCGGAGGGCCUUCGCUGGCUCCGGGGGUUUGGCCUGAGGUCCCGCGGCGCUCCGCCCGGCGGCAUGGCUGCGGAAGAGGAGGACGAGGUCGAGUGGGUGGUGGAGAGCAUCGCGGGAUUCCUGCGAGGCCCGGACUGGUCCAUCCCCAUCUUGGAUUUUGUGGAGCAGAAAUGUGAAGUUUUUGAUGAUGAAGAAGAAAGCAAAUUGACCUAUACAGAGAUUCAUCAGGAAUACAAAGAACUAGUUGAAAAGCUGUUAGAAGGUUAUCUCAAAGAAAUUGGAAUUAAUGAAGAUCAAUUUCAAGAAGCAUGCACUUCUCCUCUUGCAAAGACCCGGACAUCACAGGCAAUUUUGCAACCCGUGUUGGCUGCAGAAGAUUUUACUAUCUUUAAAGCAAUGAUGGUCCAGAAAAACAUUGAAAUGCAGCUGCAAGCCAUUCGAAUAAUUCAAGAGAGAAAUGGUGUAUUACCUGACUGCUUAACAGAUGGUUCUGAUGUGGUCAGUGAUCUUGAACAGGAAGAGAUGAAAAUCCUGAGGGAAGUUCUUAGAAAGUCAAAAGAAGAAUAUGACCAGGAGGAAGAAAGAAAGAGAAAAAAGCAGUUAUCAGAGGCUAAAACAGAAGAACCCACGGCAAAUGCUGAUGAAACCACAAAAAUGAGUAAUUCCCAAGGGGAUGGUGAACAUGAUGCACACUCACCCUUAGAAGCGAAAGCGCAUUUUGCUAAUUCAGCAGCGGAACCUUUGGCAGGAAAACUGGAAAUGUUGCCUGAAACAUCUUCAUUCCCACAAAAAGGCCUGAAGAUUCCUGGCUUUGAAUUUGCAAGCACCGAAGGACCAAUAGCAAAUUUAUCAACACUUGGAACAGAAGAGCUGCGGCAACGAGAGCACUAUCUCAAGCAGAAGAGAGAUAAGUUGAUGUCCAUGAGAAAGGAUAUGAAGACUAAGCAGGUGCAAACUGCAGAGCAGAAGGGAAAAGCUACUGGGGAAGGAGAGGAAAUGACAGAGAAACCAGAAAUGACAGCAGAGGAGAUGCAAACAUUACUAAAGAGGAGAUUGCUUGCAGAGAAACUUAAAGAAGAAGUUAUUAAUAAGUAACUUUAAAACCAAUUUAGCAAAACAGAAAUGAAAAUUUUCUCAAAAAUAAUUUAAUCCUUACCCUGAA